ACUUGGCCCCAAAAGGAAAGAAAAAACAGUGGCUGGAGGGAGAAAUGGCUGUGUACAGAGCAAGCUCUUCUCAUUCUUUCCCAAGGAUGAGGCUUGAACAUGGUCGUGGGCUCAGAAGAAGGAUCCAGUUGAAAAGUUUACCUUAGACCCAACGUGUGGUGGAAAUUCACCCUCCAAGAAUCUGCUUUUCUCCAGUUUGGAAUGUUUUCCUCCAGAGCAGCCUUGUUUUUGAAAUGAUUUGCGGGCUGCCGGAGGAGGCUGCGAGAGGAAGUCUGACCCGCCAAGCCCAUCUGGAAGUGGUUUCAGGGGCCACAUCACUCAGCCAGCACAACGCCUAGAUUCCCAGCUGCCUGGAACAGGGGUGGAAGAAACCCGAGCUGCUCCAGAGUCUGCACAAGCAGGGGAGGUGCAGUGGGGGAGGAAGACUGUCUUGGAAACGGAAUACUGGCCUUGAGGCUCUCCAGCCCUUUGAGAUUUCCAGUGGGAUUGUAGAAGCAGCUGAAGCAGUGUAAAGGGCGUCAUCCCAGGGCCAGCCACGAUUUGAAUGCUCUGCCCUGCAGCUCUUCUGGACGGAGGAGCCUUGCCCUCACCGCUCACCAGCGUCUGCCAAAGAAUGUUCCAAAGAAGAUAGUCCCGUGGGGAAAAUACGUUCUGUGAGCCAUGUCCCCCUCUCAGCACUCUCAAGGCAUGAUGGCAUUUUAAAAGUCCUGAGAAGUCCCACAGAACAGGGGUCUCCAACCCUCGGGGCGCAGACUGGCACCGCUCCGUGGCUGUUAGGAACCGGGCCGCACAGCGGGAGGUGAGCGGCGGGCGAGCUCAAGCAAAGCUUCAUCUGCCGCCCCGCACCGCCCCCCAUCGCUCGCACUACCGCCUGAACCGUCCCCCCACCGCAGCCUCCCCCCACCGUCUGUGGAAAAAUUGUCUUCCACCAAACCGAUCCCUGGUGCCAAAAAAGUUGGGGACCGCUGCUGCAGGUCACAGUUUUUAUCCACAUGAACACACAUGGCUUUGUUACGAAAAAUUAACCAGGUGUUGCUGUUCCUUUUGAUUGUGACCAUCUGUGGGAUUCUGUAUAAGAAAGUUCAUAGGGGGACUGUGCUCAGGAACGAAACAGAUGAUGACUCUGAGACUCCUGAGGAUAUGGAAGAUGAGAUUCCAGUGGUGAUUUGUGCAGCAGCAGGGAGGAUGGGUGCGGCUAUGGCUGCCAUCAACAGCAUCUACAGCAACACUGAUGCCAACAUUUUGUUCUAUGUAGUUGGACUCCGGAACACUCUGUCCAGAAUACGAAAAUGGAUCGAACAUUCUAAACUGAGAGAAAUAAACUUUAAAAUCGUGGAAUUCAACCCUACGGUACUCAAAGGAAAGAUCAGACCAGACUCCGCGAGGCCUGAGCUGCUCCAGCCUCUGAACUUUGUUCGAUUUUAUCUCCCUCUGCUUAUCCAUCAACACGAGAAAGUCAUCUAUUUGGAUGAUGACGUAAUCGUACAAGGGGACAUCCAAGAGCUGUACGACACCACCUUGGCCCUGGGCCACGCGGCAGCUUUCUCAGAUGACUGCGAUUUGCCCUCCUCCCAGGACAUACACAGACUUGUGGGGCUGCAGAACACGUAUAUGGGCUAUCUGGACUACCGGAAGAAGACGAUAAAAGACCUUGGCAUCAGCCCCAGCACUUGCUCUUUCAAUCCUGGUGUGAUUGUUGCCAACAUGACGGAAUGGAAGCACCAGCGUAUCACCAAACAGUUGGAGAAAUGGAUGCAAAAAAAUGUAGAGGAAAAUCUGUACAGCAGCUCCCUGGGAGGAGGGGUGGCUACCUCCCCAAUGCUGAUUGUGUUUCACGGGAAAUACUCCACCAUCAACCCCCUGUGGCACAUAAGGCACCUGGGCUGGAAUCCAGACACCAGAUAUUCGGAGCAUUUUCUGCAGGAAGCAAAACUACUCCACUGGAAUGGAAGACAUAAACCUUGGGACUUCCCUAGUGUUCACAACGACUUAUGGGAGAGCUGGUUUGUUCCUGACCCUGCAGGGAUAUUUAAACUCCAUCAUCCCAACAGCUGAUAUAACACGACAUUUUAAACAUUUCCUGUAUAAAUAAUGUGGAAUUGUCCAUUUGUAGCCUACUAUACCACUGUUCUCUGUGAACAGUACCUUUGAUACAAAUGAUCCACAAAAACAAAAAACCCUACUGUGUACAAAUAGUACCUUGAAUCAUAUAGGUAUUGAUUUACUUCCUUAAGUACAAGUGGCAAUUAUAGAAGAUAAUGUGAGUGAAACAUGCUAUUGGGAAGAAAUAAACCCAGAUAGAUUUCAGCAAUCAAUUUGCUUAACUCUGAGUGAAAUUAUAGCCACAAAUUUAAAAAAUUUCUAAGUGUAUUUUUCACAUGUAGAUAUUUUUUAACAGGUUGUCAGUCUUGUCUUGGGUAGAAUAUAUUACAUUUAAAACAUGAAAUGUCUGAAAAAAUAAAAUAUUCAUAGAUUUUUAAUGAUUUUCAUUAUACAUUAUUCUACAUGUUAAAUAUAGUAGAAGACAAACUGAUCUCAGGUUAACAAGGGGAAAGAAUACAAGUCUUGCUAAAGAAAACAAUGCAACUUAAGGAUAAUCAUCUUCAAUAUUUUUUAUUGUAAAAACCAUCAGAUUUUUAAAUGAAUUUAAAAACUUUUUAAAUAUUAUUUAAUGAAAAAGUCUCAUAUUGUUGUGUAUAGGGUAUAUCAACAUUUACUGUUCAUCUGUCAUAUUUAAUGAAAAACACCAU